CACGUCUUGUUCUAAUUCGUUCUAAAUUAACGUAAGUAGGUAAUUAAUUAUUAAGAUCUAGCUCAAUAUAAAAGUACAAGAUGGUGUUCAAGUACAAAAGUGUAUCUGUGUUAAUCCUAGCUUCUAUGGCGUUUACGACACUCGUUUAUGAGUACUACCGAAAAAGGAAACAACCUCAGAUUACUAAGAAGAAAGAAACAGAAAUACACGAAGUAAUAAUGUUUUCUCCUAACGACGUUCAACUGAAGAAAAGCAAAUACUCACGAUGUGCCAUUACAACCAGUAUGGAUAGAAUUUUAUAUUAUUUAAGCUCCCCAAAACACAACCUGGACAUUUGCAUGUAUGUGCUCACGAAUAUGGAUUUAGCACACGCAAUCAUCAAGCUUACAUACCGGAGAAUAAACGUCAGAGUUAUUAUGGACGCAGACAUGGCUUUUUCUCAAGGGUCAGCAUUGAAACGGUUAGAGAGCCACAAUAUACCAGUACGCUGGAUGAAGUCAACUAAUUUGAUGCACCACAAGUUCUGCUUGAUUGACACAAUGGACGAAAGUGGUCUAACCACCCCAGUGGCUAUAUCUGGAUCACUAAACUGGACGAAUCAGGCUCUGAGUGGUAACUGGGAGGAUGUCAUUGUAACCUCGCAGCCAAGUAUUGUGCAGCAAUACAAAAACGAGUUUGAAAAAUUGUGGACACAGUUUAAGCCUAUUGGGUUAUAAAACCUUUUUAUUCUCAACUCUUCUAUUGUGAUACUUAAUUCUAAGACUCUUUUAUUACUUGUUAUUAUGAUUCAGAUGGUAAGACUUGGCAAGCUUGCAUUUGCAGUCUAAAAUCUGAAUUAAGAACAACUCCAGUCAGCUGUAGGCAAAGUAAAGCCUAGGUUAGUCUUAGGCGCAGCGUAGAUGACAGACUAUCCCUGACAUACUUUUUAGUCGUCUCUGCUGCGCCUUAGUAACACAUCCUAUGUUUUGUGUAAAAGCCUUGUUAAGAUCUCCUUAAAUGUUUUAUUUUUGUACUUUGUAAUAAAUAUCAAAUAAAUGUCAGUUUUAUAAACUGACUAUAAAGUUGUA